CCCAACCCAAAUGACUAGUGAUGAAAAGUGAGGGAAGCGCUUUAGAAUAGUCUGCGGUCGCCACUAAGCGAACUGAAACACUUGAAAAAUGUCGGACGCGCUCAGCAGUCGGCGGCAGCAACAGCUAGUUCUCUCCGAGUCUCUUGAUUUAGACUGUGUCAUUGUCGACAUCCUCUCACGGCUACCGGCCAAAUCUCUGCUGCGAUUCCGGUGUGUAUGCAAAGCAUGGCGGGCCUUGAUCUCCGAUCCUUAUUUCAUCAGAAAACACCUCAGCUGCAUCAACACCAAAAUCAGCACCAGCUACUCUCUCCUUAUCAAAGAUGAUAUUUUCCGAUCCGCAGAGUACGAAGCAAUAUUGAAGUGUUUGAGCCGUGGUGGUCCUCUUCCGAGCAGAAGGCUUGAUUUUCCGGUACUUGAUCCAUCGUUUGAUAUUGCUACUAUUGGAAUCGUUGGUAGUUGCAAUGGCUUGAUAUGUCUAGUACGUGAUAUUGUUGCUAGAGAAUCCUUUACCUUUAUGUUAUGGAAUCCUUGUACUGGAGAAUCCCAGGUGCUACCACAACCUCCCCUUCAUUCCUCCCAACAAUAUUUUUUGGGGUUCGGUUAUGAUUCAACCACUGAUGAUUACAAAGUAAUACUGGGAAGCUAUAGAUCUGGUCAUGAAUUUGUUGUUGUCUUUACCCUAAAAUCGGGUUCAUGGAGGAAGCUUGAAAGGCUCAACAGGUAUUUCGAGGUGCAUUGGGGAGGGUGUUUAGUUAACGAAGCUCUGCAUUGGGUAUUGGACGAACUGGAAGACGGUAGGUUAAUUGCUUCAAAAAUGGUGUCAUUUGAUCUAGCAGAGGAAAAAUUUCAUGAGAUUCCAUUCCCCUUUCCUCCCAAUCCGGUAGACAGGCGUGAAUUGAUUGCCAGAGUUGGAAUUCUUAAUAAUUGCCUAACUCUGUACUUUCAAACCAUGGGUCACAGAGUUGGGUGCAAUUUUAAGAUGUGGGUGCUGAAGGACAAUGGAGUCAAGGAAUCUUGGACUGAAGUCAUAAACAUCCCUUCAGAGGUUAUGGGUCAAGGUAAAGAGUAUACAUGCAUCUCAUGCAUUUCUGAUAAUGGCGAGAUUUUGAUGCAGCCGGAAGUUGUAGGCCCCUUGGCAUUAUAUAAUCCGAGGGAAAAGACAUAUGGGAUUGUCAUGGACUAUUAUGAUUACAUGCACGAAACUGCUACAUAUAUAGAAACUUUUGUUUCACCAUUAACCGGUAUAACUAGUGCAAGCUCGUGAGACGGUGAGACCAACCCAGCGAGUCACCUUAACUGCACUCCUUCUGUUUGAGAUGCUGAAGUUGUAUGUUGUGUCUAUGUUUUGCUCCUUCUGUAGGAGAUGCUGUAGUGAAACAUAGACACAGGUGCUGAAGUUGUAUGCUGUGUCAACUUAUUUUUGGAAUUUACUUUUA